UGUGGCAGCCGUGUCGUGAGCGGGUGGGGUGUAAACAUAAAGCGGUCCCUCCAUCAGGAAAUUCCGGAUAACCUUGAUAGGCUCACUUUAACGCGGAACAACCUGCCGACUGUAUCUGCAUCACGUGUCAUCAUGUCCGACUUUGUGUCCAGUGAAAGCUACGAGGAGUGUCGGACGACAGCUGAAUGGCUGCUGUCCAACACGCAGGUGCGGCCGACUGUGGGAAUCGUGUGCGGUUCGGGUCUCGGGGGGCUGGCUGAGAUGCUCAAGGACCCUCAGGUCUUCAAAUACAGUGACAUUCCCAACUUCCCCCGGAGCACAGUGCAUGGUCAUGCUGGCCGGCUGGUGUUUGGAACACUUAAAGGGAAGCCGUGUGUUUGCAUGCAGGGCAGGUUCCACCUUUACGAGGGCUACCCCAUCCAGAAGAUCACGCUGCCCAUGCGUGUCUUCAAGCUGAUGGGUGUGGAGACGAUCAUCCUGACCAACGCCGCCGGAGGCCUCAACCAGGACUACAAAGUGGGAGACGUUAUGUUAAUUAAGGACCACAUCAACAUGCCAGGGUUUGCUGGAAACAACCCGCUGGCAGGACCAAAUGAUGAGAGGUUUGGCGUCCGCUUCCCUUGCAUGUCUGACGCCUACGACCGCGAGCUGAGGCAGUUGGCCCAUGAUGUGGCAUCAGAACUGGGCUACAGCGACUUCCUGCGGGAGGGAGUGUACUGCGUCCUGGGAGGUCCCUCUUUUGAAACCAUCGCUGAGUGUCGCAUGCUGCACAGAAUGGGCGCCGACGCUGUUGGAAUGAGCACUGCCCAUGAGGUGAUCGUUGCCCGCCACGCCGGGAUGCGAUGCUUCGCCCUGUCGCUGAUCAGCAACCGAGCGGUGAUGGACUACGACAGCCAGGAGAAGGCCAACCACGAAGAAGUCCUGGAGACAGGCAGGCAGAGAGCAGAGCAACUGGAGAAGAUGGUGUCCACCAUAGUGGCCCGACUGGAGAACAAUAACAACAACUCCUUCUGAUCAUGUGACUCACACCGCUGUACCUGGUCCCAGGUCAGCUGUCCAGCUGUAUCUCUGCGUCACAGUGAGAGGGUUUUUUUUAAAAUGCUUGUUAGAACGCUAAAAAAGCUGUAGAGUUACAAACCCCCAGGUUGGGUAUACUACUUGAUAAACUAGUUUCUCUGCUUUGUUUCCAAAGACUGUUAUAUAAGUCUCAUCUUAAAAUCCUGGAAACUGGUCCACUUUUUUUAUACACUCCUCUUUCGGCAAUGUUUACAUUUUGGAGGUGUACAGAUGAAUGAUGCUACUGUAGCGCAGUAAUUCUCUGACAGAUCCCUGUUGUGAUAUAUUGUACUAAGUAGAGUUUCCGUGAAGCGGCAUUGUAUUGUAAUUUCUAAAAUAAUAACUUUUAACUUAAUACAGUAUACAUAUUUAUUGUUUCAGUUCUUUUACAUUCCUCAAUAUCAUUUAACAACUAAUAUGAAUACAGUGAGAUUCGCAUUAUUUAAUGUAGAGGACCAACUUAUCUUGUAUGUCUUCAUGAGAUCAUGGCUGAGAGGUGGAAAUGAUCAUUUCAUACAGUGUAAAAGAGAUUUAAAAUGUCUUGAAAUAUUUAUACUAAUUGUAUUUAAGUGGUGUUUUUAUUUUUGCUUUCAUAAUAUAUUGAGAGUUUGAUAGAUUUUUGAAGAAAGGGAUUAUAAUAACCUGCAUGGGACAGGUACCAAAGUACAUACAUUCGAUCAAAAUCUCCUGUUUUAUCACUGUGUUAGCAGGUUAGCACACUGGGAUGUUGGCUGUCUGUGCUGUUAGAGGUACUUUACUAAAUACUGUACAAACCGUGGAUCUUUUACAAUAAAAUAACUCAGCUUCAAAGCAA